UGGGGAGGGGGGGUGUCCGGUUGGGAGGAGGAUCCGAUUCCUGUUUCCUGCCCCUACUCACUCAGCCCUGGGAGGUGACAGAGUGGAGAGGACUGAAGGGGGAUGACUCCAGAAGAGUAUCCCACUCCUUUGAAGAGCCCAGAGGAAGAUGUCAGCCCAGUCUCUUCCUGCAGCAACACCCCCUACCCAGAAGCCCCCUCGGAUCAUCCGCCCCCGUCCUCCUUCUCGCCCCAGGGCUGCCCAGUCCCCAGGGCCCCACCACAACGGCUCUUCGCCACGAGAAGCUCCCCUCACCCCCAAUGACGCGCCAACCCCGAUGUGCACCCCCAUCCCCUGGGAGCCCCCAGCCUCGGCCCUCAAGCCCCCUGCCCUUCUGCCCCCCUCGGCUUCUAAAGCCAGCCUCGACUCCCAGACUUCCCCAGACUCGCCUUCCAGCACCCCCAGUCCAGUGUCCAGGCGCUCCGUCACCCCAGAGCCCGCUCCCCGGUCUCCAGUUCCCCCACCCAAGCCCUCCGGGUCACCCCACACUCCGCCCCUGCUCCCCAGGGCUGAGGUCCUGGCCCAGGGUGGCUCUGCCUCGGCCCCAGGCACUGUGCGGAGAUUGGCUGGCAGGUUUGAAUGGGGGGCUGAAGGCAAGGUCCAGGCUGGGGAUGCCCUGGAGCCGGGUGCCCAUGGGGCAGUGGAUGUGAAUGGCGAGAGAGAGGUUCCACCGGGCAACGUUGCUGGGAGCGGGUCACAGGAGAAUGGCGCUCUGGAUGCUGUCCUGGCCUGCCCUCCCUGUUGCCCCUGUGUCUGCCACAUAGGCCGGCCUGGCCUGGAGCUCCGAUGGGUACCUGUGGGGGGCUAUGAGGAUGGCCCCAGGGCUUUCUGCCGGGCCUCCCCACUGAGGACCUCCCGCUCCCGCCCCAGCCCUCCAAGCCUCAGUCUCCCCCCAGUGGUCCUUACGUCCUACCGCUCCACUGCCGAACGCAAACUCUUGCCACCCCUGAAAGCCCCCAAACCAGCGUGGGUCAGGCCAGACAUCACCGCUUCCGGGGACCCCCCGCAGCCAGAUCUCCAUUUGCCCUCGGAAGACGGAAUCCCGACAGGGGACAGUCCUGAUGAAGCUCUUCAGGACGCUCCUCCAGCAUCUAUGGAGGGCAGGGACAAGGAGGGGCUGGAAUUGCUGAAGGAACAGAACUGGGAGCUGCCCCUGCAGGACGAGCCCCUGUACCAGAACUAUCGAGCGGCUGUGCUGUCAGAGGAGCUCUGGGGGGUCAGCGAGGACGGGUGUCCCUCUCCAACAAACCCCGGCGAAGCUCCCACCUUUGCACGGCCCCCUGGACCUCGCAACACGCUGUGGCAGGAGCUGCCGGCUGUGCGGGCCAGCGGCCUCCUGGACACCCUCAGCCCCCAGGAGAGGCGCAUGCAGGAGAGCCUGUUCGAGGUGGUGACCUCUGAGGCCUCCUACCUGCGCUCCCUGCGGCUGCUAACUGACACCUUCGUGCUGAGCCAGGCUCUCCGGGACACGCUCACCCCCCGGGACCACCACACCCUCUUCUCCAACGUGCAGCGAGUCCAGGGAGUCAGCGAGCGGUUUCUAGGGACGCUGCUGUCCCGUGUGCGCUCUUCCCCCCACAUCAGCGACCUGUGUGACGUGGUGCACGACCACGCCGUGGGCCCCUUCUCGGUGUACGUGGAUUACGUGCGCAACCAGCAAUACCAGGAAGAGACCUACAGCCGCCUUAUGGACACGAACGUGCGCUUCUCGGCCGAGCUGCGGCGCCUGCAAAGCCUCCCCAAGUGCGAGCGGCUGCCGCUGCCGUCCUUCCUGCUGCUGCCCUUUCAGCGAAUCACCAGGCUCCGCAUGCUGCUGCAGAAUAUCCUGCGCCAGACAGAGGAGGGGUCCAGCCGCCAGGAGAAUGCCCAGAAAGCCCUGGGUGCCGUCAGCAAGAUCAUUGAGCGCUGCAGUGCAGAGGUGGGGCGCAUGAAGCAGACAGAGGAGCUGAUCCGGCUCACCCAGAGGCUGCGCUUUCACAAAGUCAAGGCCCUGCCCCUGGUGUCCUGGUCCAGGCGCCUGGAGUUGCAAGGGGAGCUGACCGAGUUAGGGUGCCGGAGGGGGGGUGUGCUCUUUACCUCGCGCCCCCGCUUCACCCCCCUGUGCCUGCUACUCUUCAGCGACCUGCUGCUCAUCACUCAGCCCAAGAGUGGGCAGCGGCUGCAGGUUCUGGACUAUGCCCACCGCUCCCUGGUCCAGGCCCAGCAGGUUCCGGACCCAUCUGGACCCCCUACGUUCCGCCUCUCCCUUCUCAGCAACCACCAGGGCCGCCCCACCCACCGGCUACUCCAAGCCUCCUCCCUAUCAGACAUGCAGCGCUGGCUGGGAGCCUUCCCUACCCCCGGCCCCCUUCCCUGCUCCCCGGACACCGUCUAUGAGGACUGUGACUGCUCCCAGGAACUGUGUUCAGAGUCUUCUGCACCGGCCAGGACUGAGGCACGAAGUCUGGAGUCCAGGGCUCUGCCCAGGCACCUGCACAAGAGCCCUGAAGGCUGGCUAAAGGGCUUUCCUGGGGCCUUCCCUGCCCAGCUGGUGUGUGAAGUCACAGGGGAACACGAAAGGAGGAAGCACCUUCGCCAGCACCAGAGACUCCUCGAGGCCGUUGGGCCCUCUUCAGGCCCCCCCAGCGCUCCCCCACCCUAAGGCAGGCGGGGCGGCGGCGGUGGUGCACAGACAGGAGGUCUGAGCUCCAGACGAGAUGUGCCGGGUGUGGCUUGGCAGCCAGAAGCUAGAGUUGGGGGUGAGAGGCCUGGGCGCUGGGCCAGGGGUCCAUGGCAGCCUGGUAGCGGACGAAGAUGGCCAGUGGCUGCGGCCUGAAGCCCCCUGAAGCUUCCUUGCCCCAAACUUGGCCUCCAACCCAACCGUAUCCAGUCACGCAGCCCCCGCUUCGGGCUUCAGACCGGCUCUGGGUUUGGGUGAAGAGACUAGAGCUGUGGAUCGUGGGCCCUCCGGUGAGCCUCCUGGCCUUUCCCGCCGUCAUCCUGGCCCUGUCACAGAAACACUGGGCCAGCCAGUGGGGAGAGGACAAAGAGCCAGUGUAACCCCCUCCGGAGCAUCUCCUUCCAGAGGCGAAACCUCCCUGCAGGAUGCCACAAGGACAUGAGGGAUGGGGCCAGGGCAGAGCAGACAGUUGCUGGCGAGGGUGGGGGGUGGGGUGGGGGGGGUGCCCAGGCCUGGCACCAGGCCUCCCCUGAACUAGACCAUCACUCUGUCCCUUCUGCUCAUGCGUGGCAACCGGCCCAGGACAGCAACCGCCACGCCAGCCACAGGAGGUGGAAGGACUCUGGGAGACUCGGAGGGAGAAAGGGACUGGCAUUUGGCCGUCCGGGUUUGCACAGUGCCCGGCGAAUGAGAAACCCUCAGUAAACGUUGGUGGACCUGUA